AUGGAGUCUGUCCCGUAUGCUAAUGUUAUGGGGUCCUUGAUGUAUGCAAUGAUAGGUACUAGGUCUGAUUUAGCAUUUGUCAUUUCUUUGUUAAGUAGGUAUAUGUCUAACCCUGGUAUGGAGCAUUGGACAACUUUGAAAUGGAUGUUAAAAUACAUAAAUAGUUCUUUGUGUGUUGGUCUUGAAUAUUGUAAAAGGAAUUCUGCACUUGAUCUGGUUGGGUUUGUAGAUGCUGAUUUUGCAGGGGACAAAGGUACCAGAAAAUCAACUACAACCUACUUCUUCACAUUGGGUGGAAACUGUAUAAGUUGGAAGUCUCAACUGCAACCAAUAGUGGCCCUUUCCUCAAAUGAAUUUGAGUAUAUUGCAGUGACUGAUACGUUUAAGGAAGCACUGUGGCUAAAGGGAAUUCUGACAGAAGCCAACUUAAUUAGUGGGAAGGUGAUAAUUUACUCAGAUAGUCAGAGUGCAAUAAUACACCGCAGUAAGAAUCCAGUGUACCAUGAAAGAACUAAACAUGUGGAUGUCUGCUACCAUUUUGUGAGAGAUAUAAUUACUAAAGGGGUUAUUGAGCUAAGGAAGGUUGCUACAGAGGAGAACCCAGCAGACAUGGGCACCAAGAUAGUCACUCCAGCAAAAUUCAAGCAUUGCUUGAAUUUGCUGUUUGUAAAAUAA